GCAGCAAAAGUUCUCUCCCCUUCCGGCUGGUUCCAGAACCCCCUCUCCUCCGCCCUCUCUCUCUCCUCUCGAGGCCUCCUCCCACCACCAACCAAGGCGAGCGCGAUGGAGAAGGGGAACGGCGGCGAGAAGAAGCCGGCGGUGGUCGUGGCGGCGGAGGACGGCGGCGCUAAGAAGGUGGCGGUGGCGGACGGCGGCGACAAGAGCAAGCCCGCGGCGGAGGCGGAGGCGCCCGUGUGCUUCAAGAAGACGGUGGGCGACGACGCCACGCUCAUCGACGCCACCAAGGACUACUUCAAGCAGCUCAAGGUCACCGACGCCGACACGCACUGGGGCUGCAUCAAGAACAGGGUCCGCCUCGCCAGGGAGUACGUCGCCGACAAGACCGGCUCGGUGUUCGGCAAGAAGAAGGUGGAGCCCGAGGUGAAGGUCGAUGGGACUCCAGCUCCGGCAGCGGCGGCGGAAGAGGGGGCGAAGCCAGCAGCAGCACCUGCGGCGGGAGGCGAGUCUCACUGAAGCGGAGGCGUCGCCCUGAACUCGUUCGUCCUUGAUCAGUCGACUUUGAGAAACCUGAGAGUUGUGAGGAGGUCUUGAUUGUCUGCUUAGUCGUUCCUUUGCGUCCUUUAGUUCCUGCUUAGUGGUGGUAGCGAUCGAUUUUGCACUGCUGUAAGACCUGUUAAUCAGUCGUGGAUCUUGGUCUGGUUGAGAGCGUUAUCUGGACAUGGUGGUUUGUGGUGCGUUUUGGUGAUGCUGCAUAUCUGGGUUGGUUCUCCUCGUA